GAAACAUACUAUCGUAUAUGGGAUUUGCUUUUUCCACCACCACUACACCUUCCACAGUAAAUGACUCUUUACUCUAAGUUGCACCACUCCUAAUUAAUCCUAAACUUUCCCCUUUAUCCCACAGUAAAUGACUCUUUACUCUAAGUUGCACCACUCCUAAUUAAUCCUAAACUUUCCCCUUUAUCCCACAGUAAAUGACUCUUUACUCUAAGUUGCACCACUCCUAAUUAAUCCUAAACUUUCCCCUUUAUCCCAAACCUCAAAGCCUGCUAUGCAUACAAAGCAAUCUUGUCCCUUAGAAUUCAAAUGUACGACCUGGAGUAAUAGAUACUACAACUUAGGAAAAUGCCCUCUCUACUUCUUUCACUAACUCUACUACUACUUUUUUCCUUUGCUUCCACAAAAUGUCAACCCAUAAGAUCAUCCCCCCGCCUGCUUGAUCUUCUCAUCAGGGACUACACCUUCCAGUCCUACCACCACAGGCCCUUCAAAACCGGGAAACUCCGCCCUAUACGCCUCCCCGCUAACUUCACAGAUAUUGUCGUUAACUCUGUCCGCUUUCGAUGCGGCAGCCUCGGAAGGUACGGCGCCCACGUGAAGGAAUUCCGAAUCUCUCCUGGUUCCACGUUCCAGCAUUGCUCAAAGCGGCUGCUCUUAGUGACACAAAGGCUUGGAUCCAAAUGGUCAAACAUGUACUAUGACAACUUUGACUUAUCAGGGUAUACCCUCAUUUCUCCUAUUUUAGGAUUGCUAGCGUACAACGCGACCGACGACAACGAUAACGUUAACAAUAACGAUAACCCUCGUACACCGUUUGAGGUCGAAAUUAUUCAAAUGGUGCAUGAGCAACAACCGAUCACCAUUGACUUCAGUUACACACCGUUGACUGGAUCGUCUCCCGAAACCAUACCCUUGUGCGCGAUCUUCGGGCACGGUGGUAAGGUGAAGUUAGAGAAUAUGGUUUCGGGAGACCACGGUCGCGUAUGCGUGGCUCAACAAAUGGGUCAUUUUGGGCUCGUGAUCGAGUCGCAGUUGAUGCCAUUGAAGGAUAAGAAGGUGAGGAGAUGGAGGAUGGUGAUUGGGAGCUCUAUUGGGGUUGCAUUAGGUGCUUUCCUUAUCGGGUUGCUUCUUGUAGCCAUUUUCGUGAAGGCGAAAAACAAGGCCAGAAAAGAGGAGUUGGUAAGGAGGGCUUAUGAAGAGGAAGCUUUGCAGGUUUCCAUGGUUGGACUUGGGCAUGUUAGAGCUCAAAGUGCAACUGAUCGACAUUAUUAGAACUAUUACAACGUAACACAAUUUGAGCAGGAGUUUAUCUGUGGUAGUUCAUCAGCUUCUCGAUUCUUGAAUUUCCCUUAACUUAUUGUUUUCCCUGUCUUUGAUCUACCACUAUAUUUUUUAUUGUAUGAUAGUUUUUUUUAGGAAUAU